AUGCGGACAAAACCCUCUCCAAGUUUACAGCUCUUUCAUCACUCAUUUCUCUAUAAAUUGUCAUAUUCUGCUCUAACUCCAACUCUCACCACACUCUUUAAGCUAUACUCCGAUCCGGCUACUUCCAAACCAAUUCAAUCGGAAACUAUGAUGGAUGUUUGGACGUGGAUAUGUGAACUUCCAAACUCCGACGAGUCGAACUCGCCAUUUGUCUUUAACCUUGCUACUUCUGAACACAACCCUGCUCGGUCCAUCCAACUCAGAGCCGAGCCGAGUUUACACUCCAACUCGGUGACUUUCUCCGUUUGCUUGCUAGGGUUUCAUUCCGACGAUGCAGAGGUGACUACUGUCUGGGUUUCCGACGAGUGCCAUCUUUCGUCGGACAAGCCGUUCUUGCCUCUCGUCCUCCAGCUUCUUCAAGAGGUGAUUUCCCGUUCGCCCACCGCUCAUGAUUCCACCUGCCCGCGCUCGCAGCUCCAGAAACUCCACCCCGACCGGGUUUCCUGGAUGCUCGACUCGCACUCGCCGGAGACUUUCUCGAGCUUCUUCAACCUCGUCUUGCUAUCCCGUCUUUUCUGGCUCUGUGCGUGCGACGCGCCGUCGGAAGCCGGCGCUCUCUACUUCCACUCCAUACUGGCUCCGAAUCUCGAAAUGUUUUCGUCUAAGCCCGCGCCUGUCGUCCUGCGGACUUUCUUCGUCACGGUCGGAACCGACGUGGAGCUGUGUUUCAUGCGCACCUUCGGGUACAUGUUAGCAAAAUGGCUGAUAUUAAGGGAGGUUGGCGGCGUAGGUUUACAGUCGUUAACGCCUCAGUACCUCGGAAUCUCGUACAGUACGGAGGCGUACGGCUUGUGGAUACUGAAAGGCUACGCUCCGGUCAGGGCAAUGAAGUGCACGCUCCACCGCGGUGAGAGGAAUCCGUUUCCGGUGAUCGAAGCCAAAGAGUCGGCUCUGAGAUACGCCUUGGCUCACCAUCAACUUGAGGCUGUGAUACAAUUCGAAUAUACGGUCGGAUACUUUGACGGUUUUAUCCAAGUCAACGCGCGUCUUGAUAACAUACGCCUCCACGUGGCAAGAUUAGGGUUCAACAAGAGCCAAGACGAUGCUUACGUGGACGAGAAGCAUUUCCCUUCGAGGAUUCGAGUGUGGGUCGGGCCAGAAGUGGGCGCCAGUUACGUUGGUGGGCUAAGUUUGGGCCAGUCCACGAAUAACAUAGAAAAAGAAGUGGAAACACACAAGAUUUGGAAGGGCAGUUUCGGAGAUUCAAAGGUUCCGAAGAUGAAGGCGGUGGCGAGAAUGGCUACGAAGACAAAAAUGAAAAAUUGGAGAUGGGAUCAGGACACGGAGGGAAACGCGGUCGUAUAUGAUGCCACGUUGUGCGACAAUCAAACGGGCAUUGAAGUCGCCACGUGGAAGCCAGACAACGGCGAUGAUGGUCCCACCGCGGUGGUGAUGAAUAAUCUUGGGAGAAGAUAUAGGGGAGCAAACAGGGGGUUUACAAAGAAGGGUAGUUUGGUAAUUGCAGGGGAGGAGAGUGGGACAGGUGUAGGGUGGAGAUUGAGCAAGGAAAUGGUAGGGAGUGUGUUGAAGUGGAGGAUUGGAGGUGAAGUAUGGCUAACUUAUUGGCCCAAUCAUGUCAACACUUCAUACUAUGAGACAAGGUGUGUGGAGUGGUGUGAUGAGGUAGAUUUGCCAUUGAUUCCCACUUAA